AUGGCUCCCACCGUCCUCGUUGUCCUCACCUCGCACGACAAGCUCGGCGACACCGGCAAGAAGACGGGCUGGUAUUUGCCCGAGUUCGCCCACCCGUAUGACGAGUUUGUCGACGCCGGCUUCGACGUGACCGUCGCCUCGCCCAAGGGCGGCGAGGCGCCGCUCGACCCGUCGUCGGUGGAGGCGUUCAAGGAGGACGCGUCGUCGGUGGCCUUUUUGCACAACAAGAAGUCCAUCUGGCAGAACACGCAGCCGCUCCACUCGUUUGCCGGCGACGACGCCGCCGCCGCCAAGACCGCCCAGGCGUACGACGCGCUCUUCUACCCGGGCGGCCACGGCCCCAUGUUCGACCUGGCCUUUGACAAGCAGAGCCAGCGGCUGGCCGCGGCGUUUGCGUCGGCCGGCAAGGUCGUGUCGGCCGUGUGCCACGGCCCGGCGGCGCUGGCCAACGUGUUUGUCGACAACGACGAGAGCAAGGGCUACCUGCUCAAGGGCCGCCGCGUGGGCGGCUUCACCGACGCCGAGGAGGCCGCGGCGCAGAUGGACAAGGCCGUGCCUUUCCUGCUCGAAUCGCGUCUGCGUGAGGUCGGCGCCAACUUUGGGAAGGCGGACGAGCUCUGGGGCGAGUACGUCGUCGUGGACGGCAACAUCAUUACGGGCCAGAACCCGGCGAGCGCCAAGGGCGUCGGUGCGGCCAUUGUCAAGGCUGUCAAGAAGUAA